AUGACCCCAGAAGAAGAAGAUAUCUUGAAAGAGGUAAAGGACCUUCUUUCUCCUCUCUCAAGGGCUACAUUGGAACUAAGUGGAGAGAAGACUGUCACACUAAGCAAAUGCAUUCCAGUUAUCAGGAACUUACGCACGGACAUUGAGAAGUUUGAGCCAACGACUGGGAUCUCCUUUAAUCUAAGACAAAGCCUCUUAGGCCUCAUUCAGCACUCCUUCGGGAGCGUCGAGGGCGUGCGGAUGUUUGCAGUUUCCACAUUGUUAGAUCCAAGAUUCAAGAAAUUCGGAUUCUUUCAAGAUAUGGAAACGCCCCGACGUGUUGCCAACGCCGUGAGCUGGACUAGUGACUUGGUGAAACGGUCGAUGAGAGAACAGGAGCAAGAAAAUGUUCGUCAGGAGCAAGAAACGAACGCCAACGGGGGAGCGGCCUCCGGGGAAGCUCCUGCUUCUGAUGAUUUUUGGGAUGCUUUCGACCGAGAGAUAGAGCAGCAGGCCGCCCAACUGUCUGGACAGGACAUAGCAGGAGGCAUUCCAAUUCAGUUGAGAAUGUAUUUGGAUAGCCCGCCGGUGAAACGCAAAGACAAUCCCGAUCCCCUUGUUGCCUGGGAAUCACUUAAGGGAGAAUAUAAGCAUGUCUAUAAAGUUGCCCAAGAGUAUCUAUCUAUAUUAGCAACUUCUGUCCCUGCUGAACGCCUCUUCUCCCACGCAGGCAUUAUUAUGCAUCAGAGAAGAACGCGCCUUGCUAGCAGACGUCUCGAUAUGCUUGUCUUCCUGCGAUCAGUUGACAAAGAAACUUGGUUUAAAGUUUUCAUUUAG